AUGAACGCCGUUACUGCAUUUCGGGCUCUUGUUUUGAAGAGGCUUGAUAUCGUUGCUGGUUCUGAAAAGAAGUACUCUAAGAAGAUUGAUGUGUUGUUGGCUUGCUCUCCCGUGAAACAAUUUCAAGCAGGUUUGAAAAACACUGUUUAUAUUCCUUCUGCUGAAGAAAUCUCAUCCAAAUCAUGGCCUCAGUUGGUGGAGAGUUUUCCCUUUGUCCAACAAGUUGCAUCGGUCUUGGAGAAACGGAACGUCCUUGUUGAAUUUGUCAAAGGAUUGGUACGAGGACAACAUCCUGAUGAGGAGGGAUUUGCUAAAGAGUUUCUCGAUAAAUCUCCAGAUCUCCAAACUUGCUACGAUCUACUGAGAAGCAACAAGUUGGAAGAAGAGCUCAAGAACAUCAUGUUCAAAGCCAUAUUGAAAGAUACGCCUGUACAGAUGUUUCUUGAUGAUCUCUUUUCUGAAUUCAAAGAAGAAAUUAUCAAGGAAAACCUUUCAUCUGCUUCGGUUAUUGAGGCUGGGCUUAAGAAAAAAGGGAUGCAAACAACACCAUUAGUCGUCUCCCUUGCUUUAAGCGUAGGUGCGGAUGGCUUAAAGAGGUUCUAUGAGAAGAGCAAGCACUUUAAGUUGUGGCAGACAAUGUUGGACGAGAACUCUCGUCUAAACCAAUGUUGCGCUAUUUCGAGAUUUAGAUCAGAAGCUGACAACAUUGAAGUUGCACAAACACUACUCCAAGCUACUCGUGAGGCAGUGGCUGAAGAGUAUAACGAACUUGUGUCCAAACAUUAUCAAUCAACGCUUCUCAAAAAGGAGGCCCAACCAAUUCCAUCCUCAACAAAAAAAAAAGCGAUGACCAAAACACCCACUCCACAAUCAUCCAACAACAAGAUUGAAAUCACUUCAGCUUCAUCGCCUUCCUCUCAACAAUCAUCCAACAACAAGAUUGAAACCUCUACUGCUUCAUCAUCCAACAACGUGGAAACAAAUACAUCGCCUUCCUCUCAACAACCAUCCAACGUUGAAGCAUUGGCCGUUUCUCAAGAAAAUAUGGCUGAUGAAAAAAUGUCGGUAGAUCAAAUAUACAACGCCUUAAUCAACAAUGAUCAUAAGGCAAUGGCUUCGUUCUAUUUUUCUCUUUCCGACUUGCCUCAACAAAUUCGUGGCUUAAAUGAAACACUGACAAAAAUGGAUGCGAGAAUUACAAACUUGGAUAUGAGAAUGACAAACUUUGAAAAGAGAAUGGAGAAGGAGAUGAAAGAGAUUCGUGAUGACUUACGAAUUAUUAAUACAAACAUUGGUUGUUUAUAUGAAGGUCAAGUGAAACUUCAAUUCCAAAAAGAUGACGAAUUUAUAACUCACAAUCCAACAACCACCAACCUUACAACCACCAACAAUGCAACUUCCAACAAUCAAAGGUCCUUACUCCCAAUCAAUUCUUUCAAAACUUUCACUCCACUUUCUCCCAAUGACUGUUAA